GUUAAGCCAAAUUUCGUCGAGUUCGGUAUAUUCCUCCUUCUGAUCGAAUGACUCACUCUCGCAUAGACCUUCACUUUUCCACGAUCUUCUUCUUCUUCUUCCCCGUAACAGCUUAGGGUUUCCUAUUUUCCUCUACUCAAGCUCCAUGGCUUCCUGCGAUUUCUUCCUCUCUGCUUGAUUCUCAGGAGGUGGAUAUUAGCAGCUAUAUUGUAAGAUUUUGUAAAUCAAUCCAUUGGUAAAGAGAGAAGAAAUGUGUUGAGUUUGAGUGGUGGAGGAGAGAAGAGAAAUGAAUGUGAGCCAUGCAUCGGUUCAUCCUGUGGAGGAUCCUCCAGCUACGGAAGUGGAUAAUCCGCCUCGUGUGAGGAUGGAUGAUAUUGAAGGCAUGCCUGGAACUUUACUCGGCCUUGCGCUUCGUUUUUUCCAGUUCUUGUUUGCAGCUGCAGCACUGUGUGUCAUGGCUAGUACUAGCGAUUUCCCUUCCGUUACCGCCUUCUGCUACCUAGUUGCAGCUACUGGUCUGCAGAGCUUGUGGAGUCUUGCACUAGUAAUAGUUGAUGUCUAUGCCAUUAUGGUCAAACGGUCGCUACAGAACCGUCGACUUGUGAGCUUGUUUGCAAUUGGUGAUGGGGUGACAUCGACGCUAACUUUUGCAGCGGCUUGUGCAUCAGCAGGCAUAACGGUUCUGAUAGACAACGAUCUGAAUAGCUGCGCACAAAACCACUGUGUUCAGUUUGAAACAUCAACAGCAUUAGCCUUCAUUAGCUGGUUUGCUGCUUUACCUUCUUUUCUCUUCAACUUCUGGUCUCUCGCAUCCCGUUGAAACAAAAAGACUGAAUAGAAGAAGAUGCGUUUCCAUGGUGUGUUAAAAAUUUGUGGGGUUUCUUUCGGUGUAUAGUGACUUGUUUUUUUCUUCUUCGUCUUUCUUAUUUGGGGUUUUGGAUCCAACUUCAUUCAAACCCCAAUACCGGGAAACUGGGAAUUGUUUUGUAGACCGACCUUAUUCAUUUUGUUGAACACUGAACAAGAUUCGUCGGCUUUUGGAUCUAUUAUUGAAAAAAAAUUUCAGUUC